UUCCCUUCCAAUUUUGCCUGGAGCCUACUCGGGCAAACCCACUAACCCUGGCCACAAUGGCGGCUCCUCCAAUUGUUAAUCAAAAACAAUGCCUAACACUGUCUUGCCCAACCCUACGGCAAUGACUGAUACUUUGGCCUGAUCACACUUUUUCGGCGCUAAGGAAUUGUGCAUGACUUGGGAUUAUCGCGCCUAUCUCAAUGUUGCAGACAUGGGCUGCAGACAACCCGGUCCGGCCCUUUCCCACAGCUAGACUUCCCACACCCCUACACCCUUCUUCCCUUCUUCUGUGGCUCUUAUUCACCGCAUCCAUGCACAUCCAGUCCGUCGAAUCUGCCUUGGCUGACCAGGCGUCAAGGUCACUGCUUGACGGCCCUUCAUCGUGUCAUUGCGGCGGACACUCCCCUCCAAUUAUCAUAUGGCUCAGUUGAUCGAGAUCGCCAUCAGCCACAGUCUAUGCCUGUUCCUGACCUCACCUAUCAGUAGAAAUGCUACUGAGUCACCAAUACUUAUAUAGAUGAAUUUUAUCCCCCUCCCUUCUUUCGUGUUUCGAAUCAAAUAUAGAGCCUUCGAACCCGCGAGCUACCCACUUGUUAGGUAGAAGUCUAACGAGCGUGAGGAUAGCACAAUUGUGUUUUGGCGCUACUACCUCCAACAUUCGCUUCAUUCUUCCCUGUAUUACUCUACUCUCUUUGUUGUUGUUCUUCUUGAUUAAACACAGUUGUGGAUCUUGAGAAUGGAGCAGGCUCCUACAUCGUUUUCUUCGCCCUCGCCCUUCGUUCGAUCGCCACCGGAAAAUCACAUAAUGCUGGAAGAUACUUCUGCUUAUUCAUCGCCUAUGUGCUCUGUUUCGAGCUAUCCAAGAAACUCGCAGUCGACUACUGGCUUGGGAAUCUCCCAUUGUGAGAUGGAAGACCCAUCCAGUCAGCUAAGGCUGUUUCCACCCGACACAUACCCAUCGCCGGUAACCGAAUGGCCGAAUCAGAUGAUCCCUCCCGAAUCCCUUCUCGAGACGACGCUGGACGUCGGUCAUUUCUCUCCAGGACCAUGCUACGAGCCAUUUGGUGCUCACUCUGAUGUUUCUGUCUCGCCCCUUACCUAUUACAGCCCGCAAACUCUGAACGCCCCAUCUAGCUAUGGCUCUGCUAUGGAUUUCGCCAGAAAUUCUGGCACUUUGAGUGCCCCCUCCUCUCACUUUUGGCCGAAUACCCCCCAAUCCGACGCUGCUAGCUCCGAGAUCCAGUCACAAGUUAAGGAAGAACCUGACGACAGUUGGGAGCAAAACCUUUUGACAGAGGUCAGUGAUACUACGGUAAUUGGCUCGGUUUCACAAAUGCCUCACACAGUGAGCAACGAUGCUUAUUCAAAAUCUCAACACUUUGCCGAUAACGGUAAUGAUACUUUUGUCGAAUUAAACCCAGGUCUGGGUCGUCAGAGGGAUGAGGGCCGAAAGCCUACAGCACGAAAAAUGCCCGUUGAAGUAGUCUUUCAAUUGACGAAAAGCGAUAGCGAACUCCCCGAUGAGCGGUGCAAGAUACUAUCUGCAAGUGGUCUUGAAUGCACCAUCUGCGGUACCCGGUUCACUCGACGUUCUAACUGUCGCGAACAUGUGAAGAGACAUGACCCAAGCCUCAGAAAGUCGUACCACUGCGAGUUCUGCGAAAAGCCAUUCGGAAGAAAGACUGACCUUCGGCGACAUGUAGAUAGUAUCCAUCAUGGAAUCCGAAAAUUUGGUUGUGAGGAUUGUGGCAAACGGUUCGGUCGACGGGAUACACUCUCGAGACACAAGGCAGACGGUUGCCCCCGAAGACCACGAGGCACGGAUGUCUCCAGAAAGGUCGAAGCGUCUCAGCACCUCUCUGGACUCCCUCCCAAAGAUCCCCACGGCAGAAACAAACGACAGCAGUCCUUACCGAAAAAAUAGCUGUAUGUCUGGCACAGUGAUCGAGAACAAUCAAGAUACAUGGUGAGCCAUUACUGCGUUGAUCGCGGAUAUGGUAGUUACUGUUAUACGCAUGACUUCUCAGUUCAGUAAUGAAUGAUGUACAUUUGUCUGGGACAUAAUGAAUGCUCUUGUGGAUGAGGUGGCUAUCUGCAUUGUUUUAUGAAAUUCUUUUGCAUAAAGUAUUUUGGAUAAUGUUGUUCGAGUUUGGAAUUGUCAUUACUUUGUCUUUUUCCUUCUUUCCUUUUUUCCUUUUUUUUUUCUUCCCCCCUUUUGUUGUCAUUAGAACCAGUACAGCAUCUGGAAGCGUUAGAAAUGAGUAUCAUCGCAUGGCUGGCUCAUGCCUGAACACAUGGAUAUGAAC